GGCAGUUGUAUAAAUUCAUACAGGCCAUUGAACAUAUUAUUUAAUUAUGGAUUAAUAUUUUAAAAACCUAUAGUUAUCAGGCUACAAUGAUUUUUUUUUAAUGAUUAAUAAAAUACCUCUACUAAUUCUGUCAUGUUCAUAUCUUUUGGUUUGGUGUUUUUCUUAAUCAUUUUUUCAUGAUUUAGCUAAGGUCCUAUUAGUUUAAGGAAAACAUCUGUAUUUACUCUUUUAUUUUCCUUUAAAAAUCUUAAAAUUUAGUGGUAAGGUUUCUUAUUAAUGUUUAUCUAAUUUUUUUAAAUUAUAAAAUUUAAUAUUUUUAAAAAUAUUGGCAUAAUAACAAUCUGCAAAAAUUUGCACUUUCUUGUUGCAGGUAUUUUUUCUCAAUCAGAUCUUUUGAAACAUGGACAACGGCUUGACGGAAGAAGCUGAAACUACAGAGUUCAAAAAGAAAACUAGGCAACGUAAUAAAAAUAAUAAGAACUCAGCUUCUACAACAAACAAAUUAGUAUCAAAUAAUGAUACAAAACACAGAGAAAAAAAUUCAGAGACGUCUAAAUCUAAAAAUAUUAAGAAAGCGAGGAGGAGAGAUGAUCGAUACUAUGGCAGAUUUCAUUGUAAAAAUUGCAAGAGACACUGGGAAAGUGCGCAUGUUUAUACAGUUGGAGGGACCAAAAUGGUAGUGUUCCUAUACAGAUAUAGUUUACUUAAUUAAUAUAAAUUAUAUUUUUUUAUCAGCAGACAAUUGCUUACAGAAAUAUAAAGAUAUUUUUUUUAAUUAAUUUUAAUUUUUUUGAGUCUGUGUAGCUGUACACAUAAAUGCAUAGAAUACAUUUCUGCCAUUUGUUUGUCUGAAAACAUUGUGGCAGGUUUUUGUAGGCAGAGUGUGUUACACAUAAUUUUGUCUUCUAAUUGUUUACAACAGGAGUACAAAUUUAUUGUUUGCUGAUGAUAUAUCAAAUUUUUAAAAUGGGUAAACCUGUACAAAUGCAAAAAAUGAGGUGCAAUUAUUUUUAAAAUUUUUAGCUUAUUCAAUAAUGCAUUUUAUAAAAUGUUCACAGGUUAAAUUCCGACAGGCUUGCAAGCAGUGUAAAGAAUAUUAUUUUCCCUACCGCCUCCAAAUAUUAAGAUGCAGUCAGUGUAUGAAUGAGCCUUGUACAUGUGUUUGUGAAGAUUGUGGAAAGUUGAGACAUAAAAGAUACAUUUCUUUAAAAAUAUCUGACACGGAUGACAGUGAGGAGGAAGAAGCAGGUAGGAUUUUUAUGUAUAGGACACGGACCAAGUGUUUUCUAUAAGAAAUAUAGUUUACAUUUAGAAACAAUAAGAUGAAUAAGUUAGUCUUUAGGCAUUUAGUGGAUUUAUAUCGUUUAUUUCAAGUAGUCAAUGUGGGGAUGUUACAUUCUGAUUUGAAUUUUAAACGUCAAUAAAUUUUGACUUCUAAUUAAGGUAAUACAUCAUUAAAAAUAUAUAAAUUCUACAAAACAAGUUUUAUUGAAUGUGCCAUUAUUAUUUUAUAAUAAUUACCCAUUUAAUUUUCCACUGGACUAAACUAAACAAACUGGGUCUGACUUGCUUUAUAUUUAAAGCAUUUGGGCAAUCUUUACUGAUUCAGUUUUCAUAAAUAAAGACAGUUUAUAUUUUCAUUUUUAAAAAGAAUGCUAUUUAAUUAUUUUCUUUUAUAAUCAUUUUUGACAGCUGAUAUUCAAUAAAAAAAAAAUUUCUUUCAGAGGAUCCUGCUUAUGAAUAUUGUAGGUGUGAUAGAAGAAAAGAUUCUCCAGUUGGUGCAACUAUUGAUCCCAAAAAGAAUCACCUGUCUAACUUAUGUGAAAGAUGUCAAAAAGGAAUUAACUGCAUUUUUCGCAGGCAUCCUUCAGAUAAUGACCUUGAAUAAUAUCAUCUUUACGUUAGCUGUUUUAAAGAUUUUAAGAAAUUAAUUUAUUUGCAGGCCUGUCAUUAUUUUAUUUGAAAUUGAAAAUCAAAGCAAUUUAACUAAAUGAAAAACUUAAAUUUUAAUUAAUAAAGCAUAGUUAAUGAUUUUAUGUAUUAAAUACUAUUUACUUAGUCAAGCGUAUUUAAAACAUAAUUAUUAAUUAAUUGCUAUUAAUAUUUAUUCACUUGAUAAUGUUAUAACUGUUCCACGUGCGGAUAAAAACUUGCUUAAACCAAGGGGAGUAACAAUCAUCCCCCCACCCCUCCCACCCCAAAACCUUCCAAACAAACAAAAAAAUUGCUUCUACUGUAUAUAUUGUGGAUUAAAAUGGCUAAACAAAAUACAUAAAUUAUACUGAGGGCACUAUUUAAAUUAUAUUAAUUUUUAUUCAGUCUUGUAAGAUCUUGUAUUCUUGAAAGACAAAGUUAAUUUAAUGAACUGGUAAUUAUUACUUGCCCUUUUAUUACAUUGAAUCAAAUAUUUAUAAGGGCAGGUUAAAUCCUUAAAAUGAAAUUAUGGAAUUUGAAAAAAAAAAUUUGUUUCAGUUAUUAGAAAUCAUGUUAAAAAUCAAUUUUGAGAUAUUUUAAAAAUCAAUAUUUGUGAAAAGUAAUGCUUAUGAUCAAGUAUAGGGUUGAGAUCUCAGGUACAUAUUGACACAGAAACUUAAAAAUUUGACAUGUUGUAGUACUCUGUGAUGUUAUAAUUGUUUAGUAAAACAUUUUUAGUAAAGUAAAAAUGGAAUUUACCUGAAUUGAUCCAAUAUCCGUGUUCUUCUAUGAAAAAAUCUUAUGUUUUUAAUCAAGUUAAAUAACCUUACUAAACUAAACAACAAAUAUAUAAAUAAAAUCCCCUCCAAUUUAUAUUGCUAUUCGUUUAGUAAUUUAAAAGUUAAAGUGUUUGUUUGAUGUGAAGGAAAGACAUGUAAAAAUGUAUCUUGCAAAGGAAUAUUUUAUCAAUGAGGCUGUGAAUUAUAGUAAGAUUGAAGCACAUCUUUUAUUCUUUUGUGCUGAUAAUCAAUUAAUCUUUGUGAUAUCCUGUAUUGAAUAUUAUUUUUUUGCCAAUUAUUUCAAUAAACCUUACAUACAUUAUGUUCUUUCUUGUCUAAAAUUGUCCAAAAAUAGAAUGACAUACUUUAUGGACAGGUCAAGUUGUGUACACUUUAUUUUUAAUUUUGAUGUCUUGCAAUAAAAUAGUUUAUGAUUAUGUGACAUGAGAAGCAUCUGUUCUGUCUUUUAUUGUAAAGACUAUAUAAAUAAUUUCUGUUGUUUUCACCCAUCAAAUGUGACCAAAAAAUUUUAAUGUAUAACUGCGGUCCAUUCUCUGAGACAUUUUAUUCAAAAUUACCUUAUUUUUUGGGUGACCUUUUUUCUAUAUUCUUUAUUCUUCAUGAGUCCUACGUGUAAGUUGUGGGCUAUCUCGUGGGAAUAAAAUCUGGGUUAGAAACAAAUUCUAGAAAAUUUCUACUUGGUACUGGUAAGGGUGCACAUGUACCCUUGUGGGUUUAUUUGAAACCAAAUAUCAUCUUCCAUGGCCGAAAGGUUUUUUAACUAUUUUGUCG